AUGGCCGACACAGCACUGGAGCUCGAGACGACGCAGGACGUGGAUGCGCAGGCUGCUGGCAGCAACCAGAGGGUGGAGACUGCGCCAUCUCCUUCUCCAGACCUAUCGGCACCGAUUGCGACAAGUUUGAGCGGUCGCGUGCGCAAGACGGCGCAGCUGUUUACGUUUGCGCAGGUCAAGAGCGACGAAGCAGACGCGUUCACACCUCCCGUGGGCAAAGGGGUCAAAGUACGCGACGUGGAGUUUAUCAAACACAAUGUCGAGGCGCUGGGAAAACAGCAGCACGAAAUGAUCCGUCAGCUCUACAGCAUUAUGUUUGGACGUCGGUUCCAGCAGAAAAACGUGAAGGCUAUCAAAGAGCAUAUUUUGGAAUUCUCGGGCAUUGUCGAGCAGGACGAAAAGUCUCGCGAGAACUUGGUUGCUAAGAUGGGCAAGUGGAAGAUGACAUUCGUCCACGACGUGAUGAAUCUAUUGGCGGUGGACCGAUCGAAGAAGUCAUUCGAUGAGGAAGGAAAAGUGCCAAACAAGGAAGCUCUUCUAGAUCGUCUGGUUGACUGGCUGUAUAACCCGCAGAAGACGAAGCUUGCUGAAAAGAAAGCUACAAUUCUAGCAAGAAAAGUGAAGCAGAGAGCAAACAAGCGGGCGAAAGCCGCCAAGAAAAAGGCGAGUGAGUCUGUGAAAAAGAAGCGCAAGACUACCAAGAAGACGGCGGUUGCUGUCGAGGAAACGGAUGAUGCAGAUCACGUCGAAGCUACAGAGUCCGAAGGCGAGGAGUCAUGUAGCGAUUUUGAAGAGAAGAAGGAGAAGAAGAAGACCGUAAAGAAACAGAAGGUCACUAGUCGGACGACGAAGUCGCGCAUCAUAGAAAGCGGCGACGAAGACGAUGUGAGUGAGAAGGGACUGGACGGCCCUGCCGAGAAGAAAGAGAAGCAGUCCGCAGUCACAAAGUGGAAGAAGCAGCCAGCUACCAAGGCUGAGGACGCGGCAAAGGCCGUGGACAAAGGAGAGUCCGAGUCCGAGGUGGAGACUCUGGACUCCGGUGUGCGCAGCAAGAUCCGAGAUAUCAUUGCCCGCGGCAACGCGGAAGAGCUAACGUUGAAGAAGAUUCUGCGGCAGUUGAGUGCAGAUCUGGGACGUGACAUGACCGCACAGAAGAACGCAAUCAAGCAGUUCAUCACGAGCGACCGAGCGGAGACAUAA